AGCCGAAGAGGGAGGGCCAGAGAUGCAAAUGCCUGACCUUAAUCAUGGAAAGUUUUCUGUGAGUUAGAAAGUCACAGUAGAGCAACGCAGCCGCUCUGUGGAUUGUUGUCCUGCGCCACACAACACUUUCACUUGUAGGGUGAAAAUCUGCACAGAGGACCAUUCAGACUCCAGGCAAUGGCUCUGAAGGUGGAAACCAGAAUUUUAGCAGCGUCUGCGGUGGGUUUGCUGCAAGCAGAUAAGGUGGUUUGAGCAUCCCAUUUCCAUUAGCUGGCAAAAGGUAAAUGGAAAUACAUCAGGAGAAAUGCCUCCCAAGUACAGGAACCACAAGAACAGAACUAAUGGAGGGGCAAGGAAGAUGGAGAGGCGAAGCUCCUCCGGCAGAUGCAACCGGCAGCCAAGAAAGCUCGGGGUCAUUUCCAGGUCGUUAAUCUUGUGCCAUUCACGAAACAGCGACGAGGGCUCAAGCCUGGAGGAAAAAUACACGGAGUGCUCGGAAAGUGACCAAGUCCGGGGGAAAGAGGAGACGAUACAGGGCAGCAACGUGCAGAGCCUGAGCGGCACCUACUCUGGAGAGCAAAAAGCUUCACAGGAUGCGACGAAGAACGGAAGGAGAACAUUUUCAUUUAAGGAAAGCAGCAUAUGGAAGUUGUGUGUGACCGCUGCAGAAGAAGGCCUAGGAGGUCCGUGUCAUAAAGGAUCAUUCAACAACAUAAGACAUGUGGUCACCAGAGAUGGCAUCGACAGAGAGAGUCACCGGUCAUUUGAGUGUAAAGAUCCACUCAUAGAUGAAUGUGUAACUGUGAUCAGGCAACCGUUGCCGAGACUCAUUUUCAAAGAAGAAUCUCCUGACCAGCCGGCUGUGAAGCUCCUCAACCUGAGAACAACUACUGACCAGGAAGGCAUUGCUGAGAUGACGGAAGAGAAGAUUAAUUUAUUUAACUCCAAAAACUGUUAUCUUCAAGCUAAACUGCCUUGUAAAAGAACACGGAGCAAUUCAUCGAGUGUCAAUCCAUACUGGAUUGGAGAUUUAGAUGCUCUGAUAAUCAAAGAACCGGAUGCGUACCCUAAUAUGAACCGGAAGGAAAAUCCGCCAAGCAGUUUUUAUGGCAACCGAAAAUCUCUAUCGCAACAACUGGAAUCUUGCAAAGGAGCAGAACAGGAUAUGCUGCGGCCAUCUCGCUCCUUGAGCUCGGCCCAUCUAGUGAGCACAGGCAGCGCUCUUCAAGCGUUUGUCAUCUGUAACAUCGUUCUGAUGAAAGGCCAAGGCAAGGGCUUAGGAUUCAGCAUAGUUGGUGGAAAGGACAGCAUCUGUGGGCCCAUGGGAAUCUACGUCAAGACCAUUUUUGCUGGUGGAGCAGCCGCUGCUGAUGGAAGACUGCGAGAAGGUGAUGAAAUCCUGGAAUUGAAUGGGGAAUCCUUGCAAGGUGUAACACACGAAGAAGCCCUCCAGAAAUUUAAGCAAAUCCGGAAGGGUUUACUUACACUUACAGUGAGGACAAGCUUGAGGACGGGGAUCCUGUCCAGCACCAACAUUUCCCAGUUAUGCCGUUCACAGUCUCUUAGCUCCAAUGGCUGCAUUAGCCAAGACAGCUGUCCCGGAUCGGAGUCGCCUGGUUAUAAUUUUCUCCCCAGCCCUGCCAGACCCAAAGACAGAAUCAUAAUGGAAAUUACCCUAAAUAAAGAAGCUGGAGUCGGUCUCGGCAUUGGGCUUUGCUGCGUUCCCUCAAGUGACAGCUACCCUGGCAUCUACAUCCACACGCUCUCUCCUGGUUCUGUGGCUCACAUCGAUGGCAGGCUAAGGACUGGAGAUGAAAUUCUUGAAAUCAAUGAGACCGUGGUUUACAACAUGACUCUGAAUGACGUGUACUCAGUCCUGAGUCAGUGUAGCCCCGGACUGAUUCAAAUCAUCAUCUGUCGCCAUCCGGACCCAAAGGUAUCAGAGCAACAACUGAAUGAAGCCAUUGCACAAGCCGUGGAAAAAAGUCAGCUGAGGAAGGACAAGCAUCUGUGGAGAAUGGAGGGUCAGAAGAAAGCAGACAUUUGCUUCCAUGGAAAACCAAUGUGUGCAAAAUGCUUGGCAAGAAUCUGCCCCCAGGCGAACAAACGGGCUCAGAAGGCGAUGAUGCGCUCCAGCAGUGACACGACUUAUAAUCACAAGUCACCCGGUGCCAAUGGUGGCACAAACAGCCCUAAUGAAAGCGCGGGCCUCACGUGCCUAGCUCGCAGUGUCGAUGUCCCCAUGAUGUCUCCUGAAAUGAGCCAAGGAGAACCUGAUGUGCUAAGCAAAAUGCACCAGGAGGGCAACAACAUAAAGCAGAGUGCCAUCCCGAAACUCUCCAAUCAGCAGCUGAUAGAAUUCAUCAUCCGGACCUCGAGAGCGUCACGACCCAAACCGCUUCCACCGCCGAGAAGAUACUUUAAGCAGCAAGAGUCUUCAACAGAAGAGCCCUCUUUGGAUGUGGGAGCAAUGGAUACAGAUGCACCUUCCCAAAAGAAUGAAUAUGUGUCUAGUAUCAUGAGCAAGGAAGUAGACAGCCGGCUGAUAUCAGGAGGAACUAAAAGAGAUCUUACUAACGUUAUUAAUGCUUGUUCAUCAAGUGGAAUCGGGCAGAACUCGGAGAACACACCACUAAACACCAGCAAAUGGGAGAAAGAAAGAAACCAAACUGAGAUCUCAACACCAGCUAAGCGGCCGCUCCUCAGAAGGCAAGCCCACGUAGAUAACUUCCUGGAUCAGAAAGUGCACGAUCCUUGGGUGAGGAUCUCCGAUUGUCUCGAGGGUCAGGCUGCCAUCAUGAAUCCAGAAAAUGGACAAACAGAGUCGGACCAUCCCGAAAGUCUCUCUCCUGGUGUUUCAAAAGGUGAACAUGUUUCCAGUGUGAAGAAAGGUCCUCCUGUAGCUCCAAAGCCGACAUGGGCUCGCCAGAGCUUAAAGGGUCUCAAGAAUGGAAAGCCAGUAGAAGCUGAAAAGAAAACCACUGACUCCGGAAGAAGCUUUGGGACAAGUUCAAGAACGGCAACGCCAAGCACAAAGAUGUCCAUAAAGCAAAAGAUUAACUCGUUUGAAACUUUCUCCAGCCCAGCGUCCCAAGAGAGAUCACCUAAAAAGUUCACUUCCUUGCCUUCUACCCCCUUGAUGGCCAAAUCACCCAGUAGAUGUGAAACAAGUGUUGCACCAAAAGUCCCUGGUUCUGCUACACCAAAGGCUAUGGCAAACGAUUCACCAAACAGCAGACAUCUGUCAUCAGAAAUGAUCAGCAAAUCCACAGAAGGAGCCUUCACAUCAGCAACAGUAAGCAGCAGACCAGAAGAUAGAAAGGAGAGCUCGGUAGAACUAAAACAUGCAAAGGACAGUUUGGUGGAACCAGUCAAUGGAAAGGACAAUUCAAUGGAGCCAGAAGAUGUUAAAGACAAUUCAAUGGAACCAUCAGGUGAAAAGGAAACUUUGGUGGUAGGGUCAGUGCAAGCAGAAGAUGCCAAAACUUCAGCAGAAGACAUAACCAUCACCAUCACAAAUUCGCAAUUUUCGAGUUCUUCGCCAUUGCCUUCCUCAUCCUACCCUAGGAGGAGCAGCAGUACUAAAAGCGUACCUCCUGGACUAACCAUAGAAACCAAUGACGGAAUGGAGGUGGUCAAGACUCCCAGCCAGAGAACACGAAGCUUUCCGCUGGCUACUCCCCAGUCCUCUGAAGCCUAUGGCCUAAAGAUAUAUGACGAGGAAAGCUUCAGCAAAAUCCUCUCCUUCAGUAACCAGGUAUCUCAUGCCCUGAUGAGGUCCAUGCGCUCCCUUCCCCAAUCCCCUGUGACCUGGCCCAGCAAUCCAUGGACUCCGCCUACGGAAUCUCCUCAAGUAACAGUGGAUGAUGAAACGUCUUUGACGGAGAAGAGCCUUUUGUCUGCUCCAGACGGGGAUGGUAACCAUCAGGAGAAAGGAUUUUCUGUGAGCUUGGCAAAAAUCCGAGAAUGCACUAUGGGCAUGGCGGAGGACAAGGAGAUUGGAAAAAAGGAGCCGUCUUCAUCUCCACCCGCCAGCGUGUCUGCCCAGUCUGUCAUCUCCAUAAUUCCCACAGAGGAAAUUGAAGCAAUGAUAGAAGAAGUGAAAGCCCUGGAUGAAGAGGCAUUAAAGCAACUUGAAGACAUUCACGUUGUAAUUUUACAUAAGGAAGAAGGUGAAGGACUUGGGUUUAGCAUAGCUGGCGGUGUGGAUCUUGAAAACAAAGUCACCACAGUGCACAGGGUAUUCCCCAAUGGCUUAGCAUCCCAGGAAGGGACAAUCGAAAAAGGAGAUGAAGUCCUGUCCAUCAACGGCCAGUCCCUGAAAGACACGACACACAGCGAUGCAACCAUCAUUCUGCGCCAAGCCAGGAUGCUGAAACAAGCCAUCAUCGUGGUUUGCAAGUCAAAUGACGGCGACAAAAGCACUGUGUCGGUCGGGGAACUGAGUACGACACCAACCAAUGGGGACGAUUCUUCUUCUGUGACAGAUAACAACGCUGACACCAUCACCAUUACAUUGGAAAAGAAUGCAGCGGGCGUGGGGUUCAGUUUAGAAGGAGGCAAAGGCUCCAUUCAUGGCGAUAAACCCUUAAUCAUAAACCGGAUCUUUAAAGGGGGCUCUGCGGAGCAGACGAUGGCCAUCCAGCCCGGCGACGAGUUGCUACAAAUCCAGGGCACUUCCUUGCAGGGCUUGACGCGCUUUGAGGCCUGGAAUAUCAUUAAGGCUCUGCCGGAUGGCCUCAUCAAUGCGGUCAUAAGGAGGAAAGACUCUGACACCAACCAAACUGAUGAAGCAUCUCAGAACUCCGAAUGAAACAAGUAAUACAAGACGACGUGACGGGGGAUUUACGUAUCCAAUGAAACGGCCGAGUCUUUUAAUCUUUGAAAAAUGAAUGCUAUGUGGGCUUUAUGAUGGAAAUGCAAUCCAAUGCAGCAGCAGGUAUAUCAUUCAAGGGGGGGGGGGGGGGGGGGGGGUCUGCUCAAUAUUUUUGUACAUAGAGGGAAUUUUGCUGAGAAUAGGUGGGCUGGUUGGCAGGUGGGUGAAUUUAUCAGCUAUUCGGGGGAAAUUGUCUUAACUCUCGGACCAGAAGGACACAGGGUGCCAGGGGUCAACAUGCUCAUGGAUGAAUGCCACACGCCACCUCAAGCUUGGCAUAUGCUGUACACGUAACCUUAUCACCUGUAGGCUGCAAGCUUUGAUCAUCUCCUGGUGACAAAUCCCACCUUAUAAUGUCACAUACUGGGAAGCCUGACAUGACUGUAACAUGCCAAGUGCAUCCGCAGUCAAGAAUGUUACUCUGACCUGCUUCUGUGCAGCCGCCUUUCACUCUGUGCCCCUUAUUUGUUUAACUUUGUGACGUAUCUAAUGAGCAGGAGUGGGAAAAGACAAAAACACGUAAAGCUUCAAUUUGUAAAUGGACGUUAAUGACUAAUGGAGGGGAACAGGACAGCAAACUGAUAACCAAACAUUAGCAUUAGGUAGAAGUGGCAUGAUGGGGGCUGAGGUCAAACUGUGCAAGAGAAGCCCCCCAUUACUCCAGAACCACUCUGCUGUCUGGUCACCUUCUCUUCAGGCUAUGGGUAAUAAAAUUAUUUUCUUAAAAGGAA